AAUAACUGGAUGCGUCGAAAGCUUAAUUAAUUAUUCUCAAAGGCCGUCGAUAUUGUUACGCAAUCAGUCAGAGACGGACAGAUGUGGACAGCCAACAACAGGUUUGAUGUUUCGGGAGUCUACCCAUCCAAAAAGAAGAUUGGCACGUUCACAGAGAUCAACCACUGCAAGAGACUGAUAAGUGACUUGGAGCGUAACCUGGGUCCAGGUCGGUAUGAGGUGGACACAGGGGACUUCAGCCCCCAGAGCAGGGCCAUGGGACCAGGAUGGAAGAGGGGGCAGGAGAUGGCCCAGCAGGCUCAGAUGCCCCAUCUGCUGUAUAGAGACACAUGGUUGACCAACCGCUUCCUGAGAAGCAGGGUAGGCCCAGGGAGGUAUGACAUCCAGGACUUCACAGAGCUCUGUAAGAAGCCGUACAGUGUGAGAGGAGUGUGUGACAGCAGGGAGGAGAGGUUUAAAGACUUCAUGAAGAAGCAAACUACUCCAGGCCCAGGGACUUAUGGGAAGGGGGGCAUCCCAUCUGGGCUGCUGGAUGAGAGGAGGAGGAAGCCGAUUGGCUCCUGUCCCAUGAUGGACUUCAGUGCUGGAGUGGAACGCUUCCCAGACCUCAUAGUGGACUCUGGCCUGUGUCCUGGUACCUACAACUUACCGACCUUCACUGAGGUGCUCCUUAGUCGCCACAUCAGCAAACGAGGUCCCUAUGACCUCUUCACUGGCCGACGAGACAAGCCAAUCACCUGUGGAUAUUUUGCUGCCCCGAAAAAAGCCAAUCUGAAUCUGGCUACGGUCGCCAAGCCAGCAAAGGUCUUAUGUGAGGACGUUCUGCGACCAGAGAAAAGACACCACGGCAAGUUUGGCACCCUAGAGCAGUACCCUUCCCUCCCUACAGAACGCAUCUACCUGGGUUCCCUGCCCCAGUACCCACGGCCAGCGCAGAGACACUCUGGUCAUGGAUUCUAUGAAGAUGUUUGUCUGCCCAAAGUGGAGAACCGCAACCCUCCUCCCUUCCUCUCCUCCUCUCCUCGUAUCACCCUGAGGGCCGAGAGGCUGAUGCAGGGGAACUAUACCACAGUGGGAGUGGGCCGUUACAACCUGGCUAAGAAGCGAACGAGGAAAACUCUAAAGAAAAACGUUAAUGCUGGCUAUCGCUACGUCUUCAAGUCCCGCAUGCCCAGAUAUCUACAUGACCUGCACAAGGACAACUUCAACCAGGAGAGGCUGAAACCCAUCAACAUUCCCCCACAUAGGAUGUCCUAUUAUCGGCCGCCAGAGGAGGUUUCGGCCGUUGCAGCUCUACACUCCUCAGGACUCUGGUCUGUGUCCUGGUACCUACAAUUUACCGACCUUCACUGAGGUGCUCCUCAGUCGCCACAUCAGCAAACGAGGACCCUACGACCUCUUCACUGGAGACUGAAUAAGAAGAAGACAUGCACAUGUAAAUAUUUACAGUGGAUCAUACCCAGGAUGUACUCAAGUCCUCCUGAAUCUCUAACAAGACAUGAGAGCAAGUGCAACAGGGAAAACAUUAAGCCAAGAAUUACCCCAAAAUGGUCAUACCGUCAGCUACAGUGCCUUGCGAAAGUAUUCGGCCCCCUUGAAC